AUGGACGGACCGAUCGACCCGGCUUUGUUGAAGAACCUGGAAAAGUUUGUAGAGUUGAGGAAUGUUACUGAGGCUAACAUAUCAAAAGCUCAUUUGGUUCGAGCCAAAAUUGAUCAAGAUCUCGGACAAGUUGAUCAAGGUAAGCUUUAUUUUCUUGUUCUUUGAAUUUUAGGCUUUUUUAGCGUUCUACUCAACUAUUUUUGUUUGAAAUGUUUUUAAAGGUGCUCUAUAGAGUAUGUUAUCUCUAUAGAACUGUUAUUCAAGCUUACACUUGAUUUAACACUUGAUAUUGUUCUAGAUCAAAUCGAUGACCUGAAAGAGAUGGUUAAGCGAGUCCAAUGCUCGUUGGAUGCUUCAUCAACUACGUCUGAUCAAUUCUCUACAGUUGUGACGUCUUUCUUGAGUAAUUUGAAGCAAACAGCCGAGAUUUGUGAAAAGUUUGGGCCUUCUUUCGAAGGUCUGGCUACGAUGGCCAGUAUGUCAGAGCAAGUUUAUGAUUUGGAGCGGGUAUUUGCUGAUUACAUUCAUAAGAUGGAAAAGUUUCGAAAAGGGAUGGCGGAAGCGUGUGAAAGUGAUGACAACGUUGAUCUUAACGGAACGUAUGUUGUUUUACAUUAGUUUUUUUGGUUUAGGUUUGUUAGUGUUGGACAUGGUAGGUGAAAUGGAGUUUUUGGCUGUAUUCUUUUGGGUUGACGUUUCAUUUUGAAUUUUUUAAUAAGGAUAAAUGAUUUUUAUCGGUUUCUAGUUAGGACUUUGUGGAGACUUUAUUAAAUUGACUGAUUUAUCUUAUGUUAUACAUCAAGGAUCUCAAGUUUUACAUUAUUCCUGUUUUAGCUUUGGAAUUUUAACCCUGCCGCCGGAAGUUCAACAAAAAUACAACAAACAAACUGACAAGAUCAGCAGGAAAGUUCUGGAAACUUCGAAACGUCUUCUAUAUUUUCAAAAGAAGCUUUAUGCCUUGGAAAAUGGGCAGAUUUUGGCAGAAACCGAAGCCGACUUCACUGUAACUGUUGAUGAUGCAGCAGCACAAAUUGAACAUCUUGAACUUGAAGUCGAGGAGAAUCGAACAGAUGUUAUAAAGUCUAGUCAACCAACUACUGAUAUUAUCCAUUCUUAUGCCUCGAGUUUGGCAACGAAUCAACCAAGAGGUAUUAGGACUGUUGGAGCUACUGAACUGAAGAAAAAAGUGGAUAAACCGGCUCCAGCUUCGACGAGUUUUAGUGUGCUAAGUCAGGAUGACAUAUUGGAUAGGAUAUUGACUCCGAAGAGGGUUACGGAGAGCAAGAAUGUUAGAAUUUCUCAACAGUCGCCUUCUGUCUUGCAGUUGGUUAUUCAGUCUCAAGGUGGGUUUUUGGACGUUUUUUGGCUUUAAUUGGGAUUUCUUUGGUAGGGGUUGAUAAAUUUUUGUUUUUUUUUAAUUGACUUUACUAUUAGGUUGUUCACUUAAUUAUUCACUGGUAAUUUUAAAGUUACUAUGGGCGUAUAUUUUGGCGGAGUAAUUUAAAUUAAAAAAUCGGAGAAAAUGUUAUUUUAGGUAAAUGUACACACUUUUUUUAAAUUAAAAAAAUAUAUUUGUUUUUAGAAGCACAACCAGUACCACCUCCAUCUUUGGUUCAAACGUCUCAAUUUUCAGCUACUACAACACUUCAGAAGCCACCCGCUUCGCUGGGAACACCAGUUGUUCAAAAACAACCUUUAACUUCAACUAGGUAAUUUUGGGUUUAAGUAUUGUUUUAUUAUCUUUUUUAAUGAUAAUUAGAAGGUAAAAGGUUUUAUUAAAGCUAUAAUGAAGAAAGAAGAUUCAUAUUAUGGAUGAUAUAAAUUUUGUUAAUCUUAAUAGUUUUAGCUUUUUCUCAACUCCGAAGCUUUCAACGGCACCAAAAGAAGCUUCCAAAGAUGAAUCUAAGCCAGAAGCAGGUAUAGAAACUCCCAAAACCUCACUUUUUGGUGUGGUCAAGAAAGAACAAACAACUCCAGCUUCAGAACUUAAAUCAGAAGCUUCAACGACGUCAACUACGGCUACAACAACAUCGGCAACAUCUACAGCUUCUUCAACCGCAGCCACGGCAACUCCAGCAACUACAGGUGCCACAACAACUACUACAGCAGCUACUGUUGGUUUUUCUUUUGCUACAAGCGCUGCUACAGGUGCAACAACACCAACAGGCGCUACAACAACUCCAUCAGGCGCUGGAGACGCGGCUACGACACUUGGCGCGGUGCCGACUUCAGGAACGGCUACAACAACAGCUGCGACGUCAAUAUUUGGAGCAAAGCCAGCGACAACUACGACUUCGAUUUUUGGAGCAAAACCAGCAACAGCGACAACUUCAGCUACUUCUGGAGGUUUUUCUUUUGCUCCAGCGACUACAACAACAGCUACCGCCGGAGCUACUGGGUUUUCUUUCGCUCCAGCUGCAACAUCAGCAACCUCAAGUGCAUCUGGAGGAUUCUCGUUUGCUCCAGCGUCGAAUUCUGGAGCUAUGACUACAACGGCAUCGUCACAACCGACUACAACAACUACGGCCGCUUCUGGGACUACUGGGUUUUCGUUUGCUAGGUAGGGGAAUAUAAAGAUUUUUAUUGGUUUUUAGGUAAUAUAUUGAGUUUUUAAUAGGUGUAGAGGUUAGGAAUUUUACUAGGAAGAGCUGGCUGGGGUAAAUUUUUUAAGGGGGAUGGUAAAUAUUUGUUAUGGGGUGGAGUAAAUAUGGUAUAAAAAGCCUUAUUCCAGCACAACAUCAGCUGCAAAGCCGGCGUUCUCUUUCAAUUCGCAACCAGCAACAGCUGCAACAUCAGCACCAUCCUUUUCGUUUAAUCCAACUGCAGCCACGUCAACUCAAGGUACUGGCUUCGGAUUCAACACGGCUUCACAACAACCGAAAAGCAUCUUUGGGGGAGGCACGUCGGCCGCAGGAACGUUGGGUCAGCCUGCCAACGAUGAUGGUAUGAUGGAUGACACAACCGGUCAACAGGCUAAUAGCUUGAACUUUUGCAGGUAGGAGGGGUUUUUUUGAAGGGGGGGGGGUGGUAAAAUACGUUCUUCUCAAUAAGGAGGUUUAAGAAGACUUUUGGGCGGGGUAAAAAAAAUUUUUUUUAAUUUAUGAGAGUAAAAACGUUUUUUGGGUUGAGUAAAAAGUGUUUUUGGGCGGUGAAAAAAAAUAUUUUUUUUGGUCGGGGUAAAAAAUGUUUUGGGGCGGGGUAAAAAAAUAUUUCUUUAGAAGGAGUGGUUAAUCUAAAAGACAACUUUUGUGAGGGUAAAAAUAUUUUUUUUGGGUUGGUUCAAAAAUAUUUUUUGGGCGUGUUAAAAUUUUUUGGGUUGGGUAAAAAAACUUUUUUUUUAGAGAGGGCGGUUGAUAUAAAAACAAUUUUUAUGCUUAAUGACUGACUUACUAAACACUGUUUAUUAAUUUAGUUUUCUUACUAAAACACUUCUUUUCAGCACCGGUCUAGGUCAAUCAGGCCCUCAAAACAAGACCGGAGGCGGUUUCCAACCGAUCAACUUUGCCAAUGCAAAUACUGCUAAACCAGGCUUUGGCGGCUUCAAUCCAACUCCAAAAUCUGCCCAACCCUCUGGAUUUGGCUCUUUUGGACAACAAAGUAAACCGGCUGGAUCAGGGUUCGGAGCCACACCAUCGUUCGGAUCAGGCCCGGCCUUUGGAAGUGGCAGUGUUUUUGGAGGAGGAAGCUCGGUAUUUGGUGGUAAACCGGUAUUUGGGGGUGGAGCUCAACCACAACAAGGCACUCCUACUAAUACUGGGUUUUCUGCGUGAGUUUUUAUAAUGUUUUGGAUGGGUAAGGGGUGGUGAUAUUGGCAGGAGAGGGCUGUGGACUAAAACGUUUGAUUUUUUUUCUUUUUUUAGUAUCCCUCUCUCCCUCUCCCCGAAAAAAAAUGCGAAACAUAGAGAAAACGACCGAUAAAGUUUUGUAACAGAACUUUUGGCACACCCUGUAGUAGAGAAAUUUUAGAUAAUAAUGCCAUUUUUAAUGUUAUGUUCGUUUAGAUUCGCCGGCAAAGCCACCUCUUUCGGCCAGCUAGCUCAGUCUCCACAACAAUCCAGCUCUUUGUUCGGCGGCGGCGCUCAAGCACAACAACAAUCGACCGGCUUCGGCUCGUUCGGCUCCUCUAACACAACCAAUACUAACCCAGCAUUCACAGCGUUUAGGAAAUGA